ACAUACUCACGCUUGCACAACCCAAACAGAGCAGCAGGGUGGGUGAUGUGGCUGCAGUGUGUGCACAGGGAGCUGAGCCAGUGGGAGGAAAGUUGAAGGCACAGGAGACAGCGGCAGUUCCCUUCACUCAAUAUGUGCAAGCUGAGGGUGGCUGCGAGUUGCUAGAGAGCCUGGGCGGCUGCAGUUGGAACAGUGUUAUUAUUAUUUGCUUGGAUUGCAGGAGGAGGGCAGCAGGACAAAAUGCCAGGCAGCGACACGGGUAUAGCAGUUGACAGGACCUACUCGGACUCUGAGAGGCACCGGAGGUGCAAGAUUAAGGUGGACAGAUCUGAAAUGAACACCCUCAGCUUGCCUCUCAACAUCAGACGAGGAGGAUCAGACACCAACCUUAACUUUAAUAUACCGGAGGGCAUUCUAGACUUUCACAAAGUCAAACUUACUACUGACAGCUUGAAGCAAAAAAUCCUGAAAGUCACAGAACAGAUUAAGAUUGAACAAACUGCACGUGAUGGUAAUGUGGCUGAGUAUUUAAAGCUGGUUAACAGUGCUGACAAGCAGCAGGCUGGACGUAUAAAACAGGUAUUUGAAAAAAAGAACCAGAAAUCUGCUCAUUCUAUAGCUCAACUGCAGAAAAAACUUGAGCAGUACCACAAAAAGCUAAAGGAAAUUGAGCAGAAUGGGUCUGCUAAUAAAAGCUCUAAAGACAUUUCCAAAGACCUGCAACAUUCUUUAAAAGAUGUGACGAACAGUAGCCGCCCUUCUGGCCAAGUAGAGAGCAGUAAAAUGGGUGUUCCUGGUGUAUCAUUGACGCCACCAAUGUUUGUGUUUAACAAGUCCCGGGAGUUUGCAAAUCUGAUCCGUAACAAGUUUGGAAGUGCUGAUAAUAUUUCUCAUCUAAAAAACACUCUAGAUGACUUUCAUUCAGAAACGAAUUCCAGAAACCUGAGUGGGAGUGCAACAAUAGUCACCAAGCCAAAAUAUGCAAGUGACGAUGAGUGCUCGAGUGGGACCUCAGGUUCUGCAGACAGCAAUGGUAACCAGACGUUUGACAUUGGUAGGACAAAUGUCAGCGAUAGCCAUGGCAAUCUCUCAGUGUUUCUAGAAGAGUUAAGAGAAAUUAAAGAAGCCCAGUCACAGCUAACUGAAGAUAUUGAGGAUCUGAAAGUACAUUUCAAAAGAGACUAUAGUUUGAUUUCCCAAACAUUACAAGAGGAAAGAUACAGGUAUGAAAGGCUUGAAGACCAACUCAAUGAUUUAACGGAUCUCCAUCAACAUGAGACGGCCAACCUGAAACAGGACUUGGCAAGCAUUGAAGAAAAGGUUGCCUAUCAGGCUUAUGAACGAUCUCGGGAUAUUCAGGAAGCGCUGGAAUCCUGCCAGACACGAGUUUCUAAACUGGAGCUCCACCAGCAAGAACAGCUUUCUAUACAGUCGGAAACUGUGAAUGCCAAAGUACUCCUGGGCAAAUGUAUAAACAUACUUCUCGCCUUAAUCACCGUUGUAUUGGUGUGUGUCUCGACUAUUGCAAAAUUUGUUGCUCCCAUGAUGAAGAGCCGCCUUCACAUAAUAUUUACCUUCUUUGCUGUGACAUUGCUUGCCAUUGUUUGCAAAAACUGGGACCAUAUAGUAUGUGCUAUUGAAAGGACCAUCAUGCCAAGAUGAACUCCGUGGCCUGUACAUUCACUGCUUAAACUCACAAACUGUUUAUUUCUGAGUGUCAUUUUUUAGCAGGUGGGAAUUUUGCUGCCUGUUGUCAGUACACUGUUAUGUUUCAUUAUUUGUUGGCAUGCACGACCUACCAUGUUGCCUUAACAUAACUAGAAUCCAUUUUUUCUGGAGAGUGUAUUAAGUAGCAGUGGUACAAAUCCAUUAUACAAUCUUUUGGCUUACAAGCCUUUGUUGUAGUCCUAAUAUUUAUUGGGGCUUUAAAAAGCAAACGUUUUUUUCUGUGAAUUCUUGACUGUUUUUUCUAUGUCAUUGUUCGAAGAACACGUAUUACAGCUAUAAAAGCAUAAAUCUAUAUGGUGGCACUGGCAACUCAAACAAAAUGUUACAUUGUCAAAAAUAGAAAAACUUAUAUUUUACGUUUUAAGGGACAUUACUAAGAAUAUAAUUGCUUUGCCACUGUGCAUAAUGGGGAUGAAAACAUUUUCAUGAGAUGUCCAAUAUAGCCUGCAAUGUUUGUUUAUUUGGCUUUUAUUGCUCCCUAAUUUGGAGGAUAAUUUGCUGCAAAAUUAAAAAAAACUGUGGUAAAUUAAAUUGUUUUUUAGUAAAAUGAAUGGUAUUCCCAUACCCCCCCCCCCCAAAAAAAUCACCUCUUAAUUGAUGGCAGUUUAUGGGAAACUUGACAUAUAUGUGUUAUAGGUGCAAUAUUCUGUUCCUUUAAAAUAGUUAAAAUGUUACAAAUCUAUUUUUUAUUCUAGUAACACCUUGCAAAAAAGCCUAAAAAUACUUACUUGCCAUCAAUGUUCUGUGUACUAUGUAGCCACUAUAUGUAGUAACUAUACUAUGCCUGUCUGUGCUCAUGACCAUAUAAACUAAUUCUAGAGAACAAAGGCAUUGAUAUAGCAUCAUAAAUUUACCCAAGCUCUAUCUGGCAUCUCUUUUGCCCAGUGUAGGCUGGUAGGCAUUGUGCAUCAGCCUUGCCCAGCUAGGUUGAUACACACUGAAUCUGCAAGGGAUUUAUACUGUGACAUCAGUUAGCCAGAAAUCUCCACAAUACGUCAGUCUCGUUUCCUAUAUUGUACAAUUUAAAGCAACCUUCAUUUUCUCAGAUACAUUUUUCCUGUACUAAUAGGAUAGCAUAUUUUACUCUUUGUUAAUUAUGCUGGCUUAAAUCUAUGGUUAUUCCAUUAGAACUCCUUUUUUAAAUGUAUAUGUUCUUGCUAGACACAUUAUGCAAAGACUUGUUAUCCAUGAUACCAUAGGUCCUGAUAUAACUUUUUUAAAUGUGCUUUGGAUUAAUAGGAAAAUAGAGUUUUAAAAGGGAGGGGGAGGGUUGAUAAUGAAACUAAAAUCAGUGAAAAUUUAAAAUUUUUAAUAAGAAAAACUUUAUAAGAAAGCAUACUGUAAAAGCUGCAGGCAAUUUCUAUUAUAUAAGCAUCAUUUCAAUGUAAUGUCUGUGUUUCCUGUUAAACUUGGUCUUUUUUUCUAUGGUGGGAACUAUUUAGGGUUAGAUAUGGAAAGGCAGAAUUUUUUUUUCACUUGAAAAAAUCCAAAUAUCGAUCGUUUUACUGAUUUCAUUAAUGGAAAGACACUAGUUUUAGAAGACAGUAAUUUUAUAUACAAGCCUGUAUGCAUGAAACCACUUCCCCCACCCAAUUGGUAUCAUUUGUAACAUUCUUGUGUUCUGUCUGUAAACUAUUAUUGUACUGUUUAUUAAAUACCCUGUCAAACAUAAAAGGAUUGCACUAAUGUACAGUUAGCUUGCAAUAUGCUUCGAAUCUGAAAGAAUUAUAUCCCAGCACUUGAAAAGGCGAAUCAUGUUGUGUUUUUCUUUCUUUAGAAACCACAAAUUGCACAUUUUUAAACUGUGAAAAAAUAGAGCUUUUUUCCUUUAUGCAGUAGCUUUUAUGCAAAAUAAAAUGCUUUAUUUUGAGAAAA